AUGAGUGAUGGCGAGCUCGACAGGCUGCACCGCUUAGCGGCCAUGGUGGCGCCGCGAGAGGAUGCGCACAGGCAGAGGCUGAAACGCCAACUGGCGGUCUUGCUGCGUCUGGUGCGUGGCGUAGAUGCGAGACGGGCUCCGGACGUGGAUUCUAGACCGCUCGUCGUCCACGAUGCGCACUGGAACGCAUCGCUCGCGCCGGCACAACAAGCGCGCGCGCGCGUACUCGAUCGUGUGCAUCUGCUCGCACAUGUCGAUCAGUCGAGAAGGUACGGCGCUUUCUUCCUGGUACAUCGAGCGUAG